UUCAUUGGCUAUUUGUAUUCUAACAUAUGUAUCAAGAUAUAAACUUUAUCCUGUGGAGACGGACAGUUAUUCGCAAAAUCGUGAUUACCACCAUGAUCCAAAAAUAUGUAUGUCGUUCGUUCAUGAUUACUACCACCUUGUAUGAAUACGCCUUGAAUACACGCUGUACUUUGCGUAGCUGAUGAAUGCUGAGUUGAGUAUACAAGCAUAUAAAAUAUACAACUGAUUUUAACAAUAAUGUUAUUGAUGGAAAAGGGUGCAAGGAGGCAUUUAUAAAUACGUACAUUGUCAUGGAUAUGGAAGAUAUAGUUCAUAAAAUUAAAGCCGGAGUUUAUAAUCUAUCAUGGAAGGAAAGGCGCAAUAGUGCCAUUUGGAGCAUUUUUGCAGAGAUCAAAAAGGAAGACGGAUCCAUUUUGCAAGGUUAUUUAUGCUGUUCCAAGUGCAUGCGUUUAUUAAGAUUUGAUGGGAAGCGAACUUCUAACUUAAACCGACAUAAGUGCUACUCAUCUUUAAAUGAGUCGGCAAGGAUUGAUAAAAUUGAUUUAUCAAAUGAAUGCUCCUCGUCCGCUAGUGAUGCCGACCAGAAUUUCGAUGACAGUGAUCCGACUGUGGCGGAAAGUGAAGAUAGUGAAUCGCAGCAUUGUGAGUCACCACCUCCUAAACUCGAUCUCUACGGCGGAACUGUCAACUCAUACAUUAAAUUAGAUAAAGCCGAUGCAUCCCCACCUAAUACAGAAACCAAACCAAAAUGUUGUGAGACAUUUACACGCAUUUCCAAGGAUCCAGAAGUUAUUUUAGAAAAAAUUGCCGGCGGUGACUAUACGCUUUCACAUAAGCGGAAAGGUAAAAGCGAAAUUUGGAACGUUUUUGCAGAAAUUAGAAAAGGUAACGGAUCAAUUGUAAAAGGAUAUGUAUGCUGUCGCAAAUGCAUGCGUUUGUUAAAAUACAAUGGAAGGAAUACUUCUAACUUAAACCGGCAUAAGUGUUAUUCAUCGGCUUUGACGGAACCUCGAAUUCAGUUGAUUAAAAACUCGUCUUCUGUUUGUGAUGGCGAAACAUAUUCGAGAGACUGUGAUCCAAUUGCAUCACACCGUUCCGGGAAUACUACACUUCAUAAAUUGCUGUUCGACGAUGAAAAUGAUAUUUCAUGUAUGUCGACCAGUACAGAUCAGCAAAAUAAUACGGAAGACAAACAGACUUCGUUUCACAAAGAGCUGGCGCACUCCUCCAUUAAACAACUGGAGUUUUGCGGUACUAGCAGUAAAAGUUCAAAAUUGACUCAAGAUCGUACUACAACAACACCGGGAAAAUCACAAAAGUAUGCAAAACAACUCGAUAGUUUAUGUGAAAUGAUAAAAGCUGAUUUGCAAGAUCUUCCAGAAGAAUUGUUCUUCAAUGCCAAAUGGAGGAUAAUGGAUGUUUUACGAGAUGUUCAUAGUGCAAAAUUGAAGAGUACGACGACUCAACCAAGCACAAAUUGUGGUGUUGGGGAAGUAACAAGUGAGAGUGGCACUUAUACAAGUAGUAUUAAGGUAGGUCAAAAACUUAUGUCGGCGGGGGAGAUAAAGAUGAAUGAUUGCAGUUUUGAAAUGAAUGACAGUUCAGAAAACUCAUAAGAUUAAUAUGGAGUACGUACAUACAUGUAUGUAUGUAUGCACAUAGUAUGUACGUAUGUGUAUGUAUAUAUAGUCAUAUACAUUUGUAUGUAAAUAAUUGAAAUAGAUUUAAAAUACAACAUUAGGCCAUAUGUUCCAUUUAAAUGA